AUGGCAUUGAAGUUGAAGCUAAAGGUCCAGUCUACAGAGGCACCGGGUAAUCAACUGGGCAAGAACGAAGACCACGAACGGAAGCCUCCAACACUAAAGAUAAAGACCCCACAGGCGAGCUCAACAAAGCGAGCACUAACAGAACCUAUCGAUGGGGAGAAACCUAAAAAGCUAAAGUUAAGUCUAUCAAAAAAUAAAUCGGCUCAGUCUGGGAAUGUAUCCAAACCGAAGUUUGUCCCACGUGUAAGGAUAAAACCUACGAGAAUUCCUGGUGAAGGUUACGACUCUGAGGCUCCUGAUUUGGAAGAUGAUCCAUUAAUUGAACAAGGGAUAGUUUUGAGGUUCUUGGAUGAUGCAAAUCUCGAGUUUGUACAUAAUGCUGUUGAAUCUGGAGACUUGACCGGACUCAAUGUAAAAUGGAUAACGAGGGACAAAGCUGUGGUAAACGUGAAUGGCACACUCUAUUCAGCGAGAUUAAUUGACUUGCCCACAUUGGUUGAGGUUUACAAAACAAUCGAUAAGAAGAACAUACUCAAGAACUUGGAUGUUUCGCAAAUAUUGCUUGUUUUACAUACAAUCAAUCCAACGCAGUUGAAUACAGAAAAAGACUUUGAGGUACCCGAUGGACUUUUAUUCAAACACCCAUUCUAUGACCAUGUCAAGAACCAAGAGGUGCCCAGGAAACGAUCGGUAUAUCGCAAUGGAGUAUUGGAGCCUUUUAAAGAUGUAUAUCGAAGAUUACGUCCAACCAGAGCUGAUCAUAGGGUAAUUCAAGAUAUCGAGGAGAGGGUCGAUGCCUUGAUCAAGUUGGACAAUGAGGCCGAAGAAAGUCACUUUGAGUUGGUGGAUCCACAAUCGUACCCAAAGUAUGGCCACGCAAGCCAUACGCCCUCCGCGGUAGCCUCACCCUAUCCAGAGCCAACAAAUCAAGGUUCGGACAAAAUCGCUAGAGUUGAGAGCGGUAAUGACUUGAAUAACUUUGGGGAAGAUGAUGCGCAUGAUACAAAUAAGGUCCUUGAGCAGGGAGCACAGGCGGAGUAUGUAUUAGAUGAAGAUGAUUUUGAGGUAAAUCUUGAAGAGGAGUUGAAUAAGGUGCUUGAUGGCAAGGAAACAUCAAGCGAUCAGCAGGUGGUGACAGUCUCUCCGGAAAUGGCGGAGAUGCUACAAAGUAAGGGCGCUUUAGUAGAAGGCGACAUGAGUGAGGAACUUUUAUUUGGAGAAUUGGAUGAUGACGAUGACGAUGAAGAUGAAGGAGAAGAAGGCGAGGAAGGUGAUGGAGUAGCUGAGGGUAACGAAGGGCAAGAGGGAGAAGAGGGAGAUGAGGAAGAAGACGAGGAAGAUGAGGAGGAAGAUGAGGAAGAGGAAGAUUACUACGACAAAGGACAAGGAAAGGAGAGUUUGCUGCACUCCAAGUUGUUAGAAGAGGAAAUUACAGAAUUGGAGAAGGUGGUCGAGAAACAUAAAAAGAAUCUAUCUUCUACAACGGACCAAAUGACAAAAAUGAAACUUCAAAGUAACAUUUCAUCUCUUAGAGCUUCAUUGGAACAAAAGAAGAGGGAUUUGCUGAAAUCUAUUGAAAGUGAACAGUCCCUUCAAAACACCGAGCCGCUGGAUUCAGGAUUACGAGGUGUACGACCCAGUAGGAGCUCGGAAAGCCGAGGAAAAGAAGCAGGGGCAGACGCUGGGGACGAUGAUGAUAAUGAUGACGAUGAUAAUGAUGAUGAUGAUGAUGAGGAGGAGGAGGAGGAGGAGGAUGGUGCCGAAGAGGAAGAUGCUUUGGUUAACCAUAACGAUAGUGGAGACUCCAUAGAUGAUCUUUUUUAA